ACAUCACUCACUCUCCGGCCAGGACUAAAAACACGACAUUUGAAGAUCAAUCAUGCGCUGUUGCGUACCUAGAACAUUAAGUGUCAUUAGUAUAUAAAAAUUGAAUGGUUGGAGCGGAUGUGUGCAGUUACGACAGUGUCCCCGACAUCACGGCGAGGAUAGUGAACCCGGCUGGAGGCUGGUCAGGGAUCGGGACUGGACAAAGCUUAGUGACAUGACAACUCACCACAUCUUGUACUGACCACAGACACAAACAUUGCUGAAGGUGGGGUAGAGGCUCACGAUGAGGGUGAAUGACGUUGUUCACAGUGUGAUGUCGGUGGUUGUGGGCGUCCAGUUGCUUGGUGACGUUGUAGGCGACAUGCCGCCGUUCCUGAGAAGGGCUAUACAGCCUCCACUCUCCGUGAACCCUGCAUCCCAUGGGCUGAUGUUGAAGAUACCCACCCGUGAUUCUGACCUUCUCAGACUCAAACCCAGAAAGAAACAUCUCAAGACACACAAACUCAUGAAAAGACUUUCUGGGGAUUUUGACAAAAACUUCAUGUCUGUCGAAAGACCGAGCCUUGUUAACGAAGUGAUAGUUCAACAAGUACAAGACGACACCGUGGACGCCGUGCAGAGACUCGACAUCGACCUGACCGACAUCAACGGCAUUCAACUCCAGCUGAACCAGUCGGUGAUACAAGCGAUGCAGUCUUGGCUGGUCCGGAGGGCGUCGUGCCCAGUACACUACCUCUGGGAGGACCUCGGUAGCUUCUUCUGGCCGCGCUGGAUUAAGCGUGGUGAGUGUGUAGGGACUCCUUCCUGUUCCUGGCCGCCGGGGAUGCACUGUAUCCCCACUAAAUCACGACGAAUCAAGAUUCUCAGGUGGCACUGUCGACCGUGGCGGGGGAACAGAGGUCGUGGCAGGCGACCCUCAAAGCAUGGCGGGAAAGCGGAUGACGACUCCAAUGACACAGAAGGGUGGGUGAGACCCCACAGGGGACGCCAUGUUAAACUCGGGAAGAGAUGUAAAUGGGUGAAGGUGCCGUACCCCAUCACAGACUCGUGCUAUUGCGGAUGUUGAGUAGGACGACCUUAACCAGACUACAAGGAUGCUGUGAAUCAAGGUGUAUAGCCUCACGGGACACCAAGUGGCGCUGAUACGACAUAUGCAUAACAGCUAUUCAAAAUAUGCGGACUUGGUAUAUAGAGGGCUCUUGUUGUGUAGUCAGGUAACUAUGGCCCCAUGCUGUAACCAUUGGCGAUCAAGGCAUGGAAGGUGAACAUGCGGGAAUUCUUGUUCCGGUUGAUUGGCAGCGCCGGAAGUAGAGUAUUUCCGUUACAUCAAAUGUGAUGCAUAUUAAUGUUGUACAUAUGUGUGUAUAAUAUAGGUGUAGUGUUGUGCUGUCAUAACCACGUGGCAUAUUAUAGCACUGCUUACAACACAGUUAUAAUGUGUUUGACAAAGGGAGUUUCUCGCUGACGCAAAUGUUAUCAUAAGUCGACCUGCCACCUAUGACCACCGGAGAUUGCCGAGUGUCAGCGGAGUUAACAGAAUCUUUGGUUUGAUCGUUGACCCAAGUCGCUCAAGACAACAGCUUGUACAAUAACCAGGUGUCUAAGGUUGUACAGAUCAAUGUUGUAAAUGUAAUAUUGUUGCAUCGUUCGUGUUAUUUCGUUCCUGACAAAACUGGAUUAAUGGAACUCUCAGAAAUGAGAGAAAGUAGGAAGAAUUUUAAUCACGUGAUAGUUCUGGUCAAUGUAUACGGAUAGCCCUGAAGCAUUCGUCAGAUAAUACUUGUUAUUACUC